UCCGCCGCCGGCCUCCGACGAUGCGUCGGAGUAUUCCUCUCCUAUUCCUACGAAGGUGGAAGGAUCUUCCCGCCGAUUUGGCCCUCAGAUCCAGCCCGACAGCCCUACUGGUUCAGUCCUCCUUCACCGUGCACAAUAACGACACCCACGAGUUCCUGGUGGGUUUUCGUCAGGUUUCAACACGACGAAUAUCUGGUAUCGGUCACGAAUGUCGUGCUUGCAGAUGGGAGCUCGACGUCGGGGCCCGUGGGAAACGUGUCAGUCUUUGCGGAGUUCCCGAAUCCAGAUCUUGAAACGGGUAUCGAGACGGCGGGGGAUUCGACCCAGAUGGCAGGUUGGGUUGAGCUGGUGGAUACGCAAAUUGAGGUGGUCCCGCUGGAUGUGCCUAUGCCGGCGAAUAUCUCUCUGGUCAAUGAUGGGUGGAUUUGUCCCAGACCUAGGAUGCAAGGUGAGCUUCUUCUUCAUGAUUUUGGCUCUUGGGAGUGUAUAGAUAUUGCUUCUGGAAACAAUGCAAGUGUGUUGCACGAGAGAUGCUGGUUCACGGCGGUUGAGCUCAACCAGGGGGCCUUGGGCUUUGAGGCUGCCUACUCGUUCAACGCGACCUCGAUGGGCCUUGGGGUCGGUGGGGAAAACGACACGAUCUUCAUACAGAGAUUGCCCGCCGUCAUGGAAAAGCUUUCCAAUGGAGUCACCUCUGAAAAAAUUGAACGGAUGUGUAGUAUCAAAGGGGACCGCAACUUGAGGCAUAUUAUGGAGGUUGACACCAACCCUCCUCCUGCUACAAUGAUAAGGGGACUCGUGCUCGUUGUAAUUUAUUGGAGUUAUAUGAAGCUGCCCGUUGAAGAAGAAAUAUGUGAAAAUGAUGUAUGUGAUGUCGGAGAAGACAAUGUGGGUGAACAUAAUGAGUGGUUGAUGAAGUAUGGCAGUCCUGUUCAGAAUCUCGAAGAAGUACACUUCCAAUCUGGGUUGAGGGCAUUGGUUAAAACUGGGUAUGGUGCACGGGCUAUACCACAUGUGGAUGAAUCUGUGGUGGUUGAUGCAGCUUGCUAUCGGUUAGAAGUCGUCGAUGAAUUGCUGAAUGGGUGUACACAUGUGGCAUUCCCAAAUCAUAGAACCUGCUCACGAGCGCCACCCCUAACUGGUUGGCCGACACCUGCGUGGCACGUGAGUCCCUCAAGUUCCAAAACACAAUCUCCGAUAUACAAUCCCAUACUCCUUCUCACCAAACUUCCUCACAAUCGUCUGGUAAUGAGUUUCAUACUCCCAUGGAUUCAUAGAGGCUCGUCAAAUUCCAUGUCACUGAAAAAUGAACAAUCUCUUGAUCAUCGGAACCGGGUUCAAUUUCCCAUCCACCGCCACAUGAAG